GAUAAGGAGAGGGGAGGGGAAUAUCAUCAGCUUCCUUUUGGAGAAAACCAAAGCAAGAACAAAAUAAAAAUUCGAAACCCUAAAACUUCCAUUGGACUUGGGGAGGGACCUUUAAUAAAGCCUUGCUAAUGAUGUCUGCCAUGACAAAGAAGAGAAAGCUCGAAGCUCAAUCUAGCGAGGUGGAAGAACCGUCUCAGAAGCAGAAGACGGAGGAAGAGGAGGAGGAGCAGCAGCACCAGCUCGUAAUUAAAAAUCAAGCUGAUGUCGAAGAAGUUGAAUACGAGGAAGUAGUGGAAGAGCACGAAGAAGAAGUUGAAGAAGAUGAUGAUGAUGAUGAUGACGAACAAGACGAUGAGAAGAAUAAUCAGACGACGGCGGGUAAUCGUACGGACGAGGCGGCGGCGACGUCUGGAUCUGGGAAUCAAGGUGAUGGAAAUGAUGAUGGCAAUGAGCCGAUUCAAGAUCUGUUGGAACCAUUUUCGAAAGAACAGCUUUUGAGUCUUCUUAAGGAAGCGGCGGAGAAGCAUCUUGAUGUGGCCAAUCGAAUUAGGGAAGUAGCUGAUGAGGAUCCUGUUCAUCGGAAGAUCUUCGUGCACGGUCUUGGUUGGGAUACCAAAACAGAGACGCUUAUUGAAGCUUUUAAGCAGUUCGGAGAGAUUGAAGACUGCAAGGCUGUAUUUGAUAAGAUCUCUGGGAAAUCUAAAGGCUAUGGCUUUAUUCUGUACAAGUCUCGGUCAGGUGCUCGCAACGCACUUAAGCAGCCUCAGAAGAAGAUUGGUAGUCGUAUGACGGCCUGUCAGCUGGCUUCUAAAGGUCCUGUCUUUGGUGGAGCUCCUAUCGCUGCUGCAGCUGUCUCAGCGCCUGCUCAGCAUUCCAACUCGGAGCACACGCAGAAGAAGAUUUAUGUUAGUAAUGUUGGAGCAGAGCUUGAUCCACAUAAAUUGCUUGCGUUUUUCUCAAAGUUUGGAGAGAUUGAAGAAGGUCCAUUGGGUCUUGAUAAGUUUACUGGGAGACCUAAAGGUUUCUGCCUCUUUGUUUAUAAGUCGGCUGAAAGCGCCAAGAGGGCUCUGGAGGAGCCACACAAGACUUUUGAAGGCCAGGUCUUGCAUUGCCAGAAAGCAAUCGAUGGUCCCAAACCGGGCAAGCAGCAGCAUCACCAUAACCCACACAGCCACAACAAUCCGCGUUACCAAAGAAAUGAUAACAAUGGUUACGGUGCACCUGUAGGUCAUGGACACCUUAUGGCUGGUAACCAAGCUGGGAUGGGUGGUCCAGCGCAGAUGCUAAACCCGGCCAUUGGACAGGCCUUGACAGCAAACUUGACAGCUUUGCUGGCAUCACAGGGAGCUGGUUUGGCUUAUAAUCCGGCAAUUGGACAGGCGUUGUUGGGGUCCUUGGGAACAGCUACAGGCGUAAACCCAGGGAAUGGGGUUGGAAUGCCAACUGGUUAUGGUACUCAAGCUAUGGCACCAGGGACAAUUUCUGGGUACGUUACACAACCUGGGUUGCAAGGUGGCUAUCAGACUCCACAACCUGGUCAAGGCGGUACAGGCAGAGGGCAACAUAGUGUCGGGCCAUACGGUGCUCCUUACAUGGGCCACUAGAUGUAUGAUGUAUCAUGUUUUCACUCAGUUGGCAGGAAGUGGUGCAAGCUUCUGAAAGUCACAGCUGAGGAAUGAUCUUUCUGAAAAGUGGAAGCUUUCGAAUAUUGUUUCUCGACAAUCAGGUGAAUUUGUUGGUUUCCUGCAGAAAUUUUAGAAGAGUAUCUUCUAUGGCUAUCCACAGGGUUGAAGGGUGGUAAGUAAUGAGAAGUGUUAAAAGUAUACCUCUCAACACGAAUCUCUUACCACUAUAUGUUUCUGUUUAUUGGUCCUAUCCCCUCUUUUAAGUGUUAAAAGUUGGUUUUGGUCUGCAAAGUAUGUACCUUCUCAGGUCCCUUGUGCACAAGCUUCAGUGAGUAACAGAACGUCACAAGAGUACUUCAGGUCCUUAGUUGCUUUGAUGUUUUAGAAGAGUUUAUAGAGGCGUGAAUGCAUAAAGUUUGUUGGUGAUGAUCACUUUGAUGGUCAAAUCUUUAUUUGGAGAACUGCAGUUUCAAGAUUUAGUUAUGAUGAAGAAGAAAAGGAGAAGCUGAAGUGGAAGUGGAAGUGGGAAAGUUUAGUAGUAGAGUUUUGUGUCUUUGAUCUCACGCUACACAAUCUCUCCACUGUGAAAGGUUUCGAUUUUGCAAAUAUUGAAUCAAAUUUGUUACUGGCUUUAAUUUCCUUGAACCAACCAUGGUUCGACUUGGUGUCUUAAAUCCUAAUGUACCUGAAAAUGGCUUAAUGUC